ACUUCCAACUCUUCUGGUACAGACGCGGAUGUUGCACCUCGACAGGUCUUCCUGUAGUUCACACAAAAUGCAUCGCGUGUGCAGCUGGUUACCGCAGGUCAUCGAUGUGUCUGCGGGCUUUAACCCUCUUGUGCUUCACAUCAACUUGAAGUUGAUGCAGAUGUAAUUGGUUCUUUUACAUCUGUCCGCUGGUGCACGCGCGCGUUCGUCUGGGCUGGACCUCGUCGCGUGCGUCGAGUCCCUUCCGGACGGGGCGCGGGCGCGAGCGCGAGCGCGCUCACACCUUCCAUUUCACUGGCGCCCGUAGCUCGCGGCUCUUCCCAUCUUCGUGCGUCCCGCGAGGCCCCGGACACCGGCGACUCUCACCCCCGUCCCAGGUGCGGCUGACCCCGGGAGUCAUCGGGACGACGACGAGUUUUGUGUCCGUGGCGAUGGUGAUUGACAGAUGAUCUGACAGAGGAAGACAUCAGACGCUGUCUCCGUUCUGGCUAUUAUGGGGUGUGCCUGUUGCAAGCAGAAGUCCGCCAAGGCAGCAGCAGCAGCAGCAGCAGCAGCAUCAGCAGCAGUAAACAUUGCAGAUCUGUCUCCUAGCAACGCAGAUGGAGGGUCGUCCACGGGCAUGACCCAGGGCCGUUACUGUCCCGACCCCACUCAGGCUAUCCCAGACUUCAACAAGGGCUUCUCAUGCAGCACCAUCUUCCCCAACCCCAACGCACACCAACGGCCUGGAUGCAUAACUAGUACGACUGUGUGUGGUGGAGUCACGCUCUUUAUUGCUCUGUAUGAUUAUGACGCUCGCACCGAAGAUGACCUCACUUUCCAGAAAGGAGAGAAAUUUCAGAUCAUCAACAAUACAGAGGGCGACUGGUGGGAGGCUCGAUCUUUGGACACCGGAGACUCGGGUUACAUCCCCUCCAACUACGUAGCUCCUGUUGACUCCAUACAGGCUGAGGAGUGGUAUUUUGGGAAGAUGGGGAGGAAGGAUGCGGAGAGACAACUUCUGGGCCACGGCAACCAGAGGGGAACUUUUCUCAUACGAGAGAGCGAGACCACAAAGGGCGCUUACUCUCUGUCGAUCCGUGACUGGGACGACAACAAGGGAGAACACGUCAAGCAUUACAAGAUCCGCAAACUAGACAACGGUGGCUACUAUAUCACCACGAGGUCACAGUUUGACACCGUUCCGCAGCUGGUAGAGCACUACACAGAGAGAGCGGCAGGACUGUGCUGCCGUUUGAUUGGCAGCUGUAAACGGGGCAUGCCUAAGCUUGCUGACUUAUCCGUGAAGACCAAGGAUAUGUGGGAGAUUCCCCGGGAAUCCCUCCAGCUGAUUAAGAAACUGGGCAACGGCCAGUUUGGAGAAGUCUGGAUGGGCAUGUGGAACGGCACCACCAAGGUAGCAGUGAAGACUCUGAAGCCAGGAACCAUGUCCCCCGAGGCCUUCCUGGAGGAGGCUCAAAUCAUGAAGAGACUCCGUCACGACAAGCUGGUGCAGCUCUACGCCGUCGUGUCUGAGGAGCCUAUCUACAUUAUCACUGAGUUCAUGAGCCAAGGAAGUUUACUUGACUUCUUAAAAGAUGGAGAGGGACAAAACCUGAAGCUUCCUCAACUGGUGGACAUGGCUGCACAGAUUGCAGCUGGAAUGGCAUACAUCGAGAGGAUGAACUACAUCCAUCGUGACCUGCGGGCGGCUAACAUCCUUGUUGGAGACAAUCUGGUGUGCAAGAUUGCUGACUUUGGCCUGGCCAGGCUCAUCGAGGACAACGAGUACACAGCUAGACAAGGGGCGAAGUUCCCCAUCAAGUGGACAGCUCCAGAAGCUGCACUGUAUGGACGCUUUACCAUCAAGUCAGAUGUCUGGAGCUUUGGCAUCCUACUGACGGAGCUCAUCACUAAGGGACGUGUGCCGUACCCAGGCAUGAACAACCGCGAGGUGCUGGAGCAGGUGGAGAGGGGCUACCGGAUGCCCUGUGCUCCUGGCUGCCCCGCCUCGCUCCAUGAACUGAUGCUGCAGUGCUGGAGGCGGGAGGCCGAUGAGAGGCACACGUUCGAGUACCUGCAGUCCUUCUUGGAGGAUUACUUCACCGCCACGGAGCCGCAGUACCAGCCCGGAGAGAACCUGUGACACACGCGGGUAGAGCAGACAUGGAGGGGAUAAACAAACAGAGGCAGACAGACAGACAGAGACACAUGCACUGGCGCUGGCAGGCAUAUUGUAGUGCAUGCACAUGCUGUCAUUGUAUUUGUCGCUCAUGUACAGUACAUGGACACACGCACACACACACACACACACACACACACGAAUACACAUAUCAUUGCACAUAUCAUUGCCUUGUUUAAUUGUUUAAAGACAGUUCCUUCCCCUUGGCCAUUGAUCGCUGCUGCCUGUUCAGGACAGCUCAGUCAACCAUGUUGAAGAGCAGAGUCGGAGCUCUGCUGGUCAGGCCUUGCAGUAAUGUUGCUUUACUCUGUAACCAUGACAACAAGGAACUGAAAGAAGAUGUAGAUGGUUGGGCUGAGGUGGGGGGCUGGUCGCGUUGGUACAUGAUCUGUUCAGCUACCAUACAUGUUGUCUUCUGUCUCUGAGAAGAGACAGUUUUAGUGGAUGAUCUGUGUGCCUAAGAUAAAUGUGUUAUUAUAUAAAUAUAAGUCAGUUGCAGCAGGUUAUCAGACAACAGGUGGAAUAUGUUUUUUGAAAAACGUCCAAAUGAACCUCAUGAAUCUGUGUGGUAACUGAAUAGAUUAUGUACAGACACGCGCACUCUUAUGUUAGCUUUAAGACUGAUGCUCCUGCAAUAACUGAACAUAUGUCUCUGUUAUGGUCUUUAGAUGAAAACCUGAUCCCAGGUCCAUGUCCGCGUCCUGACAAGGGGAGGGAUGGGGGGCUGGAUUUGAAACUUUCCGUCAACAUGUGCCUACAAGUGGUCAAAAAAGGGCUGUUUUUCGAUUUUAAGUACCUUUCAUACUGUGUUAGAAAAGUCCGAGAGAUGGUGAGGAAUGCUCUUUGUUUGUCUAGUCAUUUGUAUGACAAUUUUGUAUGAACUGUCUCCUCUGCUGUUUUUAUUUUAUUUAACUCAGCUAUAUCUGUGCAUCACAACGACUUCUAUAACUAUUCUUAACAUGUAUGCAGUUUUCAGCCGUUGGGAGGGCAGGGUGAAAUGUAAUGCAUUGAGGGGGAAAGUUGUUGUUCAUUAUGUCGUUUUGAAAAGAAUGUAACCUUUCUGUUGAGAUGCCGCUGUCAUUUUAUUUUAAUAAAGAUACAAUAUCUUUUUCCAAGUUAA